AUGACUGUCCCCAAGGAGAAAAUCUGCGAGAAUUCGACAAUUUUUGUGGCCAUUAUGAGCACUGGCGCGAAGAGUGCGCAUGUUCAAAGGGAUGCAUUGAGAGGAGCGUUCCUAAAAAAGGUAAAUUCAAAUAAUUAAAAAUUAGGAAUUAGUGAGCGCUUCUUCUAACCCUCUCUCCUCGUUUUCCAUAGUCUUUUGUCUGCGAAAACCACUGAACAUCUCAGCUGCGCCUACAAAGAACAACUAAAAUUUUUUGGAAUCUUUAUAUGAGCUAGACAUACUAUGUGUGCUAGCUCUUCCGAAGCAAGGAGAAAUUCUAUCAAGAUUGCUCUCAAAUUGACUUUCUGGCCUUGAAAAUGAUAGCCAAUGUACAUUUGCAGUCUUUGUCAACUCGAUUAUUUGUCUAGCCGUCUGAUUUAUGUGCAAAUGACUCGAAAUGGACCUUUAUCUCAAGCCAGAGGCGAUUCCCUGGCCUUUGACAUAAAAUUUUUUAUGACUUCAUGAUAUAUAAUACAUAAAUUUUCUUCCAAUCACAAAAACACAAUCACACAUCUGUCUAGCGUAUUUGCUAACAUAAGAUAUACGCUUCAUGACAUAACAAUUCUUUUUUAGGCCACAAAUCUGCACGUUGUUUACAAGUUCUUCAUCGGGCAUAGCAACGAAAGUCGCCCUGAUUUGUUGGCCAAAGAGGUCAAAGCAUACGAUGACAUUGUGUUUAUCAAUACGAUGGACACAUAUGCGAACAAUACAGUCAAAUGGAAUGCCAUGCAUCAAUAUCAUCAGAAAUAUUGCAAGGACGCCUUUUUCUUCAUGAAAAUCGACGACGAUGUGGUGGUGCACUUCGAGCGGCUACUGUAUUGGAUUGAACACGACUUUGGAGGGCUGACGAAAGGACAAAAUGAUUGGCUGUUGUGUCAGAAAAUACAUGGAGUCCAGCCGGUCAGGGACCCAAAAAAUAAAUGGUAAGAGGGGACUGCUUUUAUAUCGGGAUAUAUAACUUUUGAAUUUGAAAAUAUAAAAAAUGCACGUUGUCAAAGAGCCGUGUUUCAAUGUAACAUAUUUUAGCUUUUCUCUCGCCUGAUAGCAGCGUUAAAUAUCUCACCUUGUAAGGUGUUGUAGUGCCCUUGUCAAAUUUAAAAAAUUUUCAGGUUUGUCCCCAAAACUCAAUUCGCCAAAGACUGGUAUCCCCCAUAUUGCAAUGGCUAUGCCGUGCUUAUGCCAAGCCAGACAGCCACGAAGAUUUUUGAAGACAUGAAAAAUCACAAUUUCAUGAAAAUGGAUGACGUUUUCUUCACUGGCAUCGUCACAGAGUCCCUAAAUAUCACAGUCAAUGGCUUUGCUGGAAUCAGCUAUGACGUAAGCUACCUUGUUGUUAUGUUUUUGUUUUAUUUUUAUUCCCAUACUCAUAAUUUCUGAGUUUAUUUCAGUUCGACAUUGACAUGUGUGUUGGCGAUCCCCCCGUGAACACCAUCAUCCACAGUGAGCAUCGACCAAAGACAGUUUACGUAAAGUAUUACAAACUGGAGCGAUGUUCCGAGAUCGCGAAGCAGUUAGGGAACUCAACAGUCGUCCCCAACGUGGACUACGAAUCUUAG